AUGGCGAGAACGGGCAGAACGCAACACCGUCGUAGAGGGUUCAGGUCGACAGCUCGGAAGUUGAUGGCAGUUUGUUUGGACGGAGUUCUUCUGUUUUCGAAUGGCGGAGCUGUUGCUGGAGAUCCAGUUGAGGGUCUGCUUCGUCGGGAGUUGUCUCCAGACUCAAGCGACGCACAGGGUGAAAGCGGCAUCGCAGGUGUUGUCGCAACCUGUACGGUGGCAAGCAGCGGGGAUGCCGUCACUCGGCCUGCCACGACGUUGACGUUGUCAUCGAGUACCCUCGUCGCUACCUUAGAGUGCAUGGGUCAAAGCAUGAAAGCUCUGCCGGCGGAUGCGGCCACAGUCUGCGUGGCAGAAGCUACUGCCAGCAAAGAACUGAAUUCCUCUAACUGCUCGAUUGGAGACACUAGCAUGGGCAACCCGGUAAAGCUGCAAGAACUCCUGGGAACAAAUGACCCGGUCCAGUGGAAAGCAAUCUCUUCUUCUGACGGCAAGAAUCAAGGGGAAUCUCGGAUGCUCGAGCUAUCCGAGGCAAGCCUUCCUCGAACUGACAAAAAAUUCAUGGUCGGCUGUCAAAGCGGUGAGGCUGGGGAAAACAAGUCGUGCCAAGUGACAGUGAACGUAAAUGCGAAGCCAUCAUCUGUAGAUGACAAAAACGCUGUCACCUGUGCAUAUGGCAAGGACAGCAACCCGGAGGCCGUAGAAGUCGAGAUGUCGGAAGACAAAAACACUCUCACCAUUGACUGUGGGAAGGGCGGAUCUAUGCAGCCUGCUGAAUUCACAUCUCAGUACUGCUCCCCCGAGGGAGACACAUUCGAGGACUGUUCCAAGGCUAACUACUCUGAUGUUCUUCCCACGUUUGCAAGCACCUGGUGGACGAAUACAGAAAACAAAACCCAGGCUACUCUGACUAUCCCGAAGACCGAUUUCCCUCCUGAAGAUCAGCGCCUCCUUCUAGGCUGUGUCCCGAAAACACAGAACGCAGACCAGUCCACAAGGGAAGAGAACCUCACUGAGUCCGUGUCUGAGACGUCGUCUUGCCGCGUGCUUGUGACUGUCAAGGCAGCGAGCUCCGCCUCCGCUGUAUCAUUCACCCCGCAAGCAGUAGCUGCGACCUCUGGAGCCGUUCUCCUAGCGGGGCUCUUCUCGGGUUCCCUCUAA